AUGCCAGUCAAGACGAGAAGGUUACCCAAGAAAUCAGUGUCAUUUUCCGAUGAGGAGACGCUAACUACUAGAUCUCGACAAAUGGGUGACAAAAAACGCAAUGCAAGUCAUGAUGGUCCUCCGAUCUACGUCAAACCAACCAUCAAAACAGUUCCAUUACACUUGUUGGCACUUCUGUACUACUACAUCAAGUUGUCGCAAGAUUUUGACGCAAGAACUCUACUUUACAUGCUCAUUCCUUUGCAACUAAUAUACGUGGCAUUGCAGUUCAAUGCGAACACGAUUUAUGGUAACAAGAUUUCGAAAUUGCGUUGGAGUCUGCUGCCAAUUAGCUUUGCAGCAGCUCUUGUGCUCACAGUGCCCUGUAUGUUGAUCAUUAUCCUUUUGGGCGCACCUAUCUCGAUGCUUUUGAAAGAAACGUGGUUGCUAGCAGCUCACUGCUGCAUUCUGACUUUGCCCGCAGUCUAUUCGAUCUUUAAGUGCAAUUUCAAAGUGGGAAUCUUCAAGAAAUACUUCAUUGCCGUGGCCAUCGGUUGCUGGAUCAGUUGCGUUGUCAUUCCUUUGGAUUGGGACCGUGACUGGCAAAACUGGCCCACUCCACUGGUUGUAGGAGCCUAUUUGGGUGCCUUCGUGGGCUACUCUAUCGGACCUUACGUUUAG